GAUGGACGAAGGGGAUGUGACCCGUACAUGACGGUGGGCCACACAGAGCUUUUCGUUGCAUGGACUCCUUACAACCGUUUGCAGGAAAUUCACGUCCCACGUUACUCGAGCAGUGGGCCUCGAUAACCAAACCCACGUCCAUGCCCCACCACCACCACCAUCAUCAUCUCCAGCCAUGAACAUUCUCCACCACCCAUCAUGCCCACCUCCCUCUCUCCCAACGCCCUCGCCUCCGUCAUCGAGUCAGCCAUUUCAACUCACUCCCUCCGACUCGGCCGAGCCACCCACGCCCGAAUCGUCAAGACCCUCCACGCUCCUCUCCCAUCGUUCCUCUCCAACCACCUCAUCAACUUCUACUCCAAACUCGACCUCCCGUCCUCGGCCCUCUCCCUCCUCUCUCUCCACCCCAACCCCUCCGUCGUCUCCUGGACCGCCCUCAUAUCCGGUUCCGUCCAGAAUGGCCGGUUCAACUUGGCACUCCUGCUCUUCUCUAAUAUGCGCCUCUCCUCCAUACAACCCAACGACUUCACCUUCCCUUGCGUCUUCAAGGCCUCCGCUGCUCUUCGCUUCCCCGUAAUGGGGAAGCAGCUUCACGCGCUCGCUGUUAAGGCGGGGCAGAUAUCUGAUGUCUUUGUUGCCUGCAGCGCCUUUGAUAUGUACUCUAAAACUGGCUUGAGGGAGGACGCACGGAAGCUGUUCGACGAAAUGCCUGAACGGAAUGUGGCGACGUGGAACGCGUAUAUAACGAAUGCUGUCCUCGAUGGCCACCCCUUUGUGGCUGUUGGCGCUUUUAUCAGCUUCCGACGGCUCUCCAGUGGUGAGCCGAAUUCGAUCACGUUCUGUGCAUUUCUGAAUGCGUGCUCGGACACAUCGAAUUUGCGGCUUGGAUGUCAGCUUCAUGGGUUCAUAAUCCGUAAUGGGUCUGAAGCGGAUGUGUCGGUUGCAAAUGGGCUUGUUGAUUUCUAUGGGAAGUGCCGCCAGGUUGACUCAGCAGCGGCAGUGUUUGAUGGGAUUCUGAAGCGCAAUGACGUUUCUUGGUGCUCAAUGGUUGUUGUGUAUGUGCAGAAUGAUGAGGAUGAGAAAGCUUUAUUGACAUUCUUGCGAGCACGAAAGGAGGGUCUUGAACCAACGGAUUUCAUGCUUUCGAGCAUUCUCAGUGCCUGUGCUGGGCUUGCCGGGCUGGAGCUUGGGAAGUCCGUGCAUGGGCUCGCUGUUAAGGCAUGUGUUGAUGGGAACUUAUAUGUGGGGAGUGCACUUGUUGACAUGUAUGGUAAAUGUGGCUGCAUCAAAGAUUCUGAGAAAGCGUUCGAUGAAGUGCCUGAGAGAAAUUUGAUCACUUGGAAUGCAAUGAUUGGUGGGUAUGCACACCAUGGGCAUGCUGAUUUGGCUCUUACAACAUUCCAGGAGAUGAUAUGUGGUGGCAGCGGCAGCACUUGCACCGUGCUGCCUAAUUAUGUGACAUUGGUGUGCGUGCUGUCUGCAUGUAGUCGCUCUGGAUCAGUUGAGGUAGGGAUUGAGAUUUUUGAGUCAAUGGAAAGGAAGUAUGGGAUCGAGCCACGGGCUGAGCAUUAUGCAUGUGUGGUGGACUUGCUAGGGCGAGCCGGGAUGGUUGAUCGUGCAUAUAAGUUUAUAAAGGAUAUGCCAAUACGGCCAACAGUAUCGGUCUGGGGUGCGCUACUAGGAGCUUGCAGGGUACAUGGGAAACCUGAGUUGGGGCAGGUUGCAGCUGAGAAGUUAUUCGAACUCGACCCACACGACUCCGGCAACCAUGUCCUGCUUUCGAACAUGUUUGCUGCUGCUGGCAGGUGGGAAGAAGCCACAGAUGUAAGGAAGGAGAUGAAUGAAGUGGGGAUCAAGAAAGGUCCAGGAUGCAGCUGGAUCACCGUGAAAAACAUGGUCCACGUUUUUCAGGCGAAGGACACUACCCACAUGAGGAAUGCCGAGAUACAGGCCAUGUUGGCAAGAUUGAGGAGAGAGAUGAAGGCGGCUGGGUACAUCCCUGACACCAAUUUCGCCCUCUAUGAUCUAGAGGAGGAAGAGAAAGAGACGGAGGUGUUCUACCAUAGCGAGAAGUUAGCGUUGGCCUUUGGACUGAUAUCCAUCCCUUGUGGUGUCCCAAUAAGGAUCACCAAGAACCUUAGGGUGUGCGGAGAUUGCCAUAGUGCCUUCAAGUUCAUCUCAGGCAUCGUUCACAGGGAGAUCAUUGUGAGGGACAAUAACAGGUUUCAUCAUUUCAAGGAUAACCAAUGUUCUUGUAGAGAUUACUGGUGACGAUUCUUAAUCUUGUUCAUACAUUUAUAUAAGAUAUGUGGGUGAAGAUAGAUUUGUGGAAGGAAUUUAUAAGAGGUGACAUUGAUUAUGUCGAUUCCUUGGAAAAAAAGGUACUUGGGUUACCUAGAGGAAAUGCCCUAGCAUGCUUGAAAUGUCAGAUUGUCAAGAUAUGGUUGUUGACAGAGUGGAAUGGCUGAAAGGAAUUCGCGUAGCUGAUCAGAAUUACUUGGGAUGAGGCUUAGAUGAUGAUGGUUUAUGUCCUGAUGUGGCUGCUUAAAACCGGAGCCGGCUCAGAUUAUGUUGGAUGAAACGUUGGAGAAGCAGCUCGAUCCAACUAUAUGUAUCUACCAUGCGUUUGCUGAGGUGGGAAAUAUGGGCAGAAUUUUGAAUUUGAUUAACAGGAUGAGGGAAGUUGGGUAUGGCCUCGGCAGAUCUGCUUUUCUUGCAAUUCUUGAUAAAAAUCAUUGUUUUGGGGCCUCCCUGAAAGUGUGUUGGAAAUGUGGACUGAAAUGAGGAAGCAUGAUAUUGCUUCCGACUCCAAACAUGACAUCGUGCCAGUUGAAUGGAUGGCUUGAUACAGAUAGGGAAUGCUACAAUGAAAUGUAAUCUAGAGGAUUUCAUGAUGAUCCUAUGAUAAAAUCAUGGAAAAGGAACGGUGUCGGGUAUGAAAGCAUGGAGACCUGUCAUGACCGUAGGGUCAUAGACACCAUGGUUAAGCAUUUUGAAGAGUGAAAGAGGCUGGAGUUUGAAACAAAAGUUCGCGUUUGGAUGGGAAUCGAAUUGUGGAAAUUCAAUUUAAUAAGGUGGGAAUGAGCUAAACAAGGUUAGGUCCUCUCUACUUGUAAGCAAUUGAGAUUGUUCCAAUUCCUACUUGAAAAAUACCAAGUUAUUCACCAUUUUAAAUUAAAAUGGCCCCACUUCGAUUUUGGCUAUUUACUCUAUAUUUAGUUACAUUUGCUAUUCAGGCUAACUGAGCAUCCAAACACACCCAAAACGACAUUGUCUUAUGACAGUUUGUUGAAAAGCUGAAGCAUGGAUUUACAUCUUCACAACAUGUUGCCAGAAAGCAUGACACAGAGGCUUACAGACGUCCGGGUUUCAUCUGGUUGUGUUACUAUGUUAAUCUGCAUUGAAGACGUAGAUCGCUUGCUUUCUCUAACGCUGAUGACUUGACUGACCAAUCCCCAUUGAUGAAAGGCCUUGAUUCAACCUCCUUGAUCAUUUACCAUGAAACUCAUGUUGUCCGGUUGCAAGCUUCAUUUUGGGACGCAAGAUCUUGAGAUGUCCUGAUAUAAGCCUCGAGGUAAAACCCUUGUCCUUCAAUCUCAAAUUAUUAUCGUAUAUGGUUAACAAUUCCAGCCGUGUAUUCAUUUAGUUUCAAACUGUUCCUAAUGUAACAAUAUUCUUUAGUGGACCUUAUGAAUGUUGUGGUCAAUAGUCAUUUAUUUCAUCUCCUGUUUUAUAGA